GUCAACAAACGCUGCGAUAGUAAUUAAUUGCAUUCGCAGUUACGCUUGCAUUUGCAGGUGGUUUUGCAGUGCGUAAGCAGUUGGUACUAGCUAUUACACUUGUUACAUCCAGUGUAUCUGUUAUAUCUAACAAGGAAACUCGGGAGAUUGAGGAACAAUUCGUGGAUUACGCCUACGGCAUUUGAGAGCGAGCAUUAUUUCAACUUCUGGACUUUCAGCAAUGGUUUUGGGUAAUGGUUCAAAACAAUGGAUUCAUCCGUCAGAAAGUUUAAUUAAUGGAAGAGUGACAUACACUGUCAAAUUUAUGGGUAAGGCUGAAGUGCCAGAACCUCGUGGAAUGCCGAUGGUAAAAGCAGCUCUCAAAAAAUUAAGCUUUACAAGACAGAUCAAGCGAACUGAGGGAACGAAACCACCCAAAGUUGAACUUGGAAUCAAUAUUAAUUAUGUGACCAUUUCAGAUAUUAAAAGCAAAGAUAUACUUCAUAGAAUUAAUUUACAACGUGUUUCAUUUUGUGCUGAUGAUAAAGAGGAUAAACGUUUGUUUGCUUUCAUUGCAAAACUUGAUGACAAUAAACAUUACUGUUACGGUUUGGAUUCCUUACAUCAGGCCAAUGACAUCACCCUCACCAUUGGACAAGCCUUUGAGCUGGCAUAUGAAAAAUUUGUAAAAGAUAAUCCAUCUACACCAGGAACAAAAAAGAUUACAGAAAUGAGUAAACGAAUUCAAGACCUUGAAUCAGAAAAUGAUGAAUUACGUAAAAGGAUCGCAGAAUUAGAAGCAGUGCAACGAGCAAAUGCAAAUGGAAAUGAUCCUGUUCUGAUCGAAACUAAGCCUCGUUCUCCUCCGUCAAUACCCCAAACUACAACCAAUCCUGUCGUACCACGCAGAAGUCAUCCCGUUCCAACACCAAUAACCAGUCCUCGACAGGAAGCAAUCCACAAUAUCUUUCAACCUGAGACAAAAACCACUUCUGUUUCUUCUCUCUUUUCUUCUCUUCCAAAAGAACAAAACCAUGACAUCUUGGUUGAUCUUACUGCACAUGGAAACAGCUCAACGGCUGUGUCCGGUACCCAUCAUGCCGAAACAACGUAUACUAGUAUAAACCGUGGUGCAAGAAGUACAGCUAAGACAUCCGAUACCUCCAAUGCACAACACAGGGAAAAUACCAUUGAUGGUACCACUCCUUCAUCUGUAAGUAACUCUGUAAGGAAAUUUCGCAACAGUUUACAACGAAAUAUGAGGAAGACAAAAGCAUCUGAAGACAGAAUGAAGAAAACAUUGUCGUCUCUGAUUCCUGCAAAAAUACUCUCAAGAAAGCUGAAAAGAACAAAGGCUCUUGAUGGUGAAAUGGAGGCCCAUAGGUUUUUUGAUGAGUCCUCAACUUCUUCUUGUAGUUCACCAAGGAGUAGUACUUACGCCAAUCUAGAUGAUGUUAUUGCGACAUUGCAAAAUAUGAUGACGAAAACGGAUGGCAGAACUAAAUCAUCGAGUCUUUUAGAACAGUCUAUACCGGGAAAAACAAUUGGAGAAAAACUUGCUACUCAUCAUGACCCAUCUCAGCAUAAUUACAACAGUAUUUUAAGGCAUCUUCCAGAAUCUGUUAAUAAUAAUAAAUCUGAAUUGCAUCAUCCGAAAAAGAUGCCGACUAUAUCUGUCAGCACUGCUAUACAAAACACCACAAAACCCAAUCGUCAAUCGUUUUCACCAUCAAAGAACAUUUUAAAACACUCUGAAUCUGUCAACUCGAAUGAUGACGUUUCCAGCCUGAGCACGACGACAACAGACUCGUCAUCAGCCGAGCAUGUCUAUAUUUUACAGCCCAUGAGCAGUACAACAAGUAGCUUUAAUGUAUCGAAUGCUAUUUCUGGAAGUAAAACGUUUCAUCAUAGAUCAGAAGAUCAUGCUCAGAGUAGAUUGAAUUUACAAAUGGGACAUGUUCCUACUACUUCCUUUCAAAGUCCUUCUAUUGCCAAUACAUCAAUUCCGAAACCGGCACCAAAGAAAAUUCCUUGGCGAAAUAGAUUGCCCGGUUGGUCUGAUAAUAAUCUUGAUGAUACCUUACGCCAGCUAGGCGGAGAAGAAGGAUAUAUGGUUCUCUCUGGGAAGGAUCAUGUCCAAAAUAUUUUGAAUAACACAUCAUUGCCAACGACUGGAAAUGCUUACCAGGAAAUGCAAGUUGACAGUACCUAUGACAAUGUAAAUCGUUUGAUGGAGGCUGUGAGAGAAGCUGCAGCUAAAGAUGCAGCAAGAGAAGGCGAAGAUGUUAAAAAGAUACUAACAACACCGGGAUUAGUUAUGCCUCCAGCUUAUAAAAAGAGUAACCAACCCAAUUUUAAUGAUUUUCCACCAAUCAUGAACCCUCAUUCAAAUCAGUCACGAUUGGUUUCACAUGAACCCAGAGCUCGAAUUCCGAGCACUAUUAGUUCAUCAACAGAAUUUGGUGAUUUGGACACAAUAUCACUUGAUAGUUUUGCGAACCCUCUUCUGCAUAUUCAGAGACGAGAUUUCAGUAAAAUUAACCAAGAUCACCAUCAUUAUCAUGGAUAUAAUGGAGGCCGGCCGAUUGCACAUGCAAAUAUGCAGAACUCAGUGCAUAACCCUUUCGGCACAACCUCAUUUCAAACUCAUGCAAUGCACUCUGGUGAAGUUCUACCUAUAGGAAGGCGAAUGAGAGCAUCCCAAGAGACAGACAUUCUGCACAGUCACAACCAGAUGUCGUUGCCUUUGGAUAGUCGACAAAGAUUGACGUCAGAGGACAUAUUCAACAUGCAACCUUUUGUGCCGAUGACAAAUACUGCAAGACUUCCUCAGCCUCCAUCUAGGAAACCUACAAGGCCACAGAAUGCAAAUCCAUGGUCAAAUGAUAUGUUUGAUCCUCUGCAAGUUCAACCUAAAAUAAACAGAGAAGUAAUGGAUGUACAGAACAUGUGGGGAACUUCUUCACCCGACUCAGCACAGCUAUAUUCUAAAAGUAAAAAGAGUAAUUAUCACAUUGUUUCUCAUCCUUUGAUUCGAAAGAAAACUCGGAAGAAUCAAAGCCCGGCUUUGAAAUGGAGUAAAAAAUAUUUUCCUUCUGGAAAAAAGAAACGCUACAAAACAUCUUCUUCUGCAAAUCAACUUAGUGGGUUUGAUAAUCAGUUUAGCAGAGGACUGAUGAUGUCAGAAGAACAUGUUACUCUCGAUUCCUUCGAUCCACUGAAACAUUAACUGCAAAUUUUUAUCGUGAUCAAUUUGACGAUUUUUACUACUGUACUCGUUUACUGUACUCUGUAACAUAAAUACGAAUGGACCUUAUAUUUGGUGCAUAUAAAUGGAUAGUUACACUAAAGUAAGUUUGAGAUAUAGGGUUGUGGUUCACUCUGUGUGAUUAAGCCAUUUCUUUAGAAUGUAUAUGAUGUCCUCCAAUUCAUUCAGGAAAAUUGUAUGAUGGAUAAUUUUCUUUGAACAUAAUAAUUUGACUGUCCACACCAGGGGUGUGCAACAUUUUUUUGUCUGCGGUCCACAUAAAAAAAAAUUAUUUUCUUCAUGAUGACAACUAUUUAAAAAAUUCUCACAAUGGAAAGGCUUUCGCUUGGCCUCACAGUAAUAAAUGUACUGGGCAAAACUUUUGGAUUAGAAUUUAAAGCUUGAUGGGAAAAAAUCUGAAUGUUGACAAGGGCCAGACUGAAUGGCUUGGCGGGUCGGUUGUGGCCCUCGGUCCCCCUGUUGCACGCGCCUGGUAUAAACGUAUUACAGUUCAGCAUACCACCCUGAACAUGACUAAUAUAUCUUCUUGUUCUAUUUUGCAUUUCGUCCAUUUGUAACUUGAGUUUAUGUAUGCUUAGUUUUUCAGUAUUUAAAUAUUUGUAUAUACAACUAAGGCAAAUAUCUCUGUCCUUUGAAUAAUAUGUGUAUCUUAAAUCUAGAGCCAUGACAAACAAACUAGUUUAAAUAUUGCUAUUCUGUCUUAUGAUUCAAGUGAUUUGCAACCAGUACUUCGCAUAGUUUUUAUGUAUUUUUGUUCAUCAAGUGCAGUAAUUUUUCUAAUUCUUCUCUUCAAGCUGAUUAAUGAGCAAAAUUGUUGAUCAUUUUUUGUAUCCUUAUCAAUUUCUCUUCAUUGCAUUAUACCCUGUUUUAAUAUUUAUGUUGUAAUGUAAAAAUAUGUAAUUGUCCUACCUAAUAUCUUUAUACACGUAAUUUUUUUUUUAGUAGUUAUUCUAUUUGGCUAUAAAAUUUCAUCUUUAUUUGUUGCUGCAAUCUCAACGAUCCAAAAAUCAAUACUCAUUUUUCUUCAUAUGAAAUAUGUCUUAGUCAAACUUCAAUGUAUCUGUUCAUCUUCAUUCACAUAAUACUCUGUAUGGUGCAGUAAAAAAAUGCUAUGUACUAUAUAUAUUAUAUUAAUAAUGACUGUCCAAGUUAUUUCAACUAAAUAUUUUUCACUUGAUGUAAAUUAUUAAAAUACUACUAAUCAGAAUCUUACACUGAAAAAACAUUAUCUCUAAAUCGUACUACAUUAUUAAUUUAUGUUAUUGAGUCGCCGUACUUUUACCUCUUUAAAGUCAAACAUUUACCAUUCUACUAUUUGUACUGAACAAGUUUUUAUCACACUCAUUUAGGUUGUUAUAUUAAACAAGCUGCAGAAAAAAUUACUUUGACGAUUUUUCUAAUCUAUUUCAACCAAUUUACCUGAAAUAUAGUACAUGUUAUCAUCGUCUUUUAAUGACUAUUUAUGCCAUUGUAAAUUGGAGAAACAUUCUUUCAGCAAAUUUGACUUCAGUAACUCCUGAAUGAUGCUUUUGUCACCAACCUUUUCAUACAUGGUGGCCAGUAGCUCCAAUCUUUCCAGUCUGGUUGAGAUGAAUCAUGAAUGCAGCCCAGAUUAGAACAAAGUGAAUUUUCACUUAGUAGAUUUAGGAAAAAUGUAUGUGAUAUGUGAGUGAAAUAAUUUGAAUCAUAGAAUGAAAAAAUUUACUGGAUUUUAUUAUAACCACUGAAUCUUGAAAUUAACAUGGCCUGAAAAUACAUUUAUUUGGACCCAACACCAUUGUCAAAUGGGUCAAGUUGAAACUGGAAACUGAGAGUAAGAUGAAUCUGAUUGUCUUGUCAAAUAUCAAUUGCUUUUUGGCAACAUUUAAACCUUGCUUUACCGUUAUACAUUGCAUUGAUAUAUUACAUCUUGAUGGUUUUUAUGAAUUAGUUGAUAUUGUCUGAGUAUGACUAUUCCAUUGCAAUCUAAUUUUAAAUUAGCUAUAUGAGAGUAAAUAACCUUGGAGAAAACCUAGGAGUAAGCUUCAAGCUUUUGUGCCCAAUUGCCUUGUGUAUAUAUAUCGCUUAAUAUUAUAAUAUUUCUUGUGAUUUGUACUGAUUUACAGUGAAGCCUUAAACUUUUAUUUUCUCAUUAUUACCUUCAAGCAGUAUUCUUGUCCAUCUAUUUCAUUUUUGUGUAUUUUUUUUCUUUACAAAAACCCAUCGCCGAAUAUAUUUCAUCAAAUCUGUCCUAAUAUAAGUGAGUCACUAUGAUAGAGAACUGAUUGUCUGUUGGAGAUAAAUUUAUGUAGCCAACAGUAAAACUACAAAAAAAAUAUCUACAAUGAAGAUAUCUGCGUUUCAUAUUCGACCAUAUUUGACAUUACAUGGUGUCCGUAAUAAAUCGUGGAAAAGUUGAUUUUCGAUUCACAAAAAAAAUUAUUGAAAAAAAAUCGAGGCGAAUUAUUUUUCCUUUUGAUUUCAUUAUAUUGCCCUGAUUGUUGCAAUUAUUUCACCUUUCUUCUUCAACGCUCAAGUGAUUUCUUCAUUAAAUAAAACAUAAAAUACCUA